UCUUCGGCGUGCCUGCAAUUUGGCGGCAAAAUUCGAUUGGACCUAUGAGUAUCAGCGGCUGGCAAUCAAGAUUGUUGCCUUAAUUACUUUGCGGUCAAUUAAUACACCUUUUAGCGUAAACAGUUGGGCUCUAUUGUUAUCAGUAACACAUAUUAUCUUUGUCCUUGACCAGCAGUGAUGGAGCAGCAUUUACUUAUUGCACAACGCUGAGAAGAUGAACAUUUCGAACUUCGUCAUGAUGUUGAUUUAUUGCCUAAUUUUGUACCUGAUUCUCCCUUGUAGAGCUGAUAAUUUUCAGGCUACUUUAGGACAUCUUGUUCCGCGAGCUAAUGCAGAAAUACAAUCAAAUGGAGCAUUUGGGGUUAUACAGCGCCUCAUUCCAGAGAAGGCACACCUGUUCAAUGUUACUGUGGAUCCUAGUAUUGGCCCUGUUGCGAGGGAUACAUUUAAGGUAAUAAAAGAAAGUGACAGUGAAAUUGUUCGUAUAAUUGGAACUAGUGGUGUGGCUGCAGCAUGGGGCUUUCAUCAUUAUCUGAAAUAUUACUGUGGAUGCCAUGUGUCAUGGGAAGCAACGCAGCUGAACCUGCCACAAGCAUUGCCAGAAGUAAACAUAACUAUUACAUCCCGUGAUAGGUUUCGGUAUUAUCAAAAUGUCUGCACUACAAGCUACAGUUUUGUCUGGUGGGACUGGGCACGUUGGGAGAAAGAAAUUGAUUGGAUGGCCAUGAACAGCAUUAAUUUGGCUCUUGCAUUCAAUGGUCAGGAAGCUAUAUGGAUGCAAGUGUAUAAGAGGCUGAAUAUGACUGCUGACGAAAUUGAUGAACAUUUUACAGGACCUGCUUUUUUUGCCUGGAAUCGUAUGGGGAACAUACGUGGCUGGGCAGGUCCUUUGUCAGACACGUGGCACAAUCAGCAAGCAGUUCUUCAGCGCAGGAUCCUGGACCGCAUGCGAGAACUGGGAAUUAUUCCUGUCUUACCAGCAUUUGCAGGACAUGUUCCCAGAGCUUUCGAACGAUUAUUUCCAGAUGUGAAUAUGACUAUGAUGAAGAAAUGGAACAACUUCCCUGAAGAAUAUUGCUGUCCAUACCUGUUGGACCCUACUGACACUUUAUACCAAACAGUUGGAAGAAUGUUUAUCUCAGAGCUAAUUGCCCAAUAUGGAACUGAUCACAUUUACAAUUGUGAUACUUUCAAUGAAAUGGAGCCUAAUUCCGGAGACUUGGACUAUCUUUCUGCUGUCAGUGCUGCUACUUUUGAAGCACUAACCUCUGUUGAUCCAAAAGCUGUCUGGAUGUUGCAAAAUUGGGCUUUUGUACAUGAGCAAUCAUUUUGGACUGUUGAAAGAGUACGUGCUUAUAUUUCUUCAGUUCCAAAAGGUCGUAUGAUUGUACUGGACUUGCAGUCUGAACUCAGUCCACAUUACGAAGAACUGGAUUCGUAUUUUGGUCAGCCAUUUAUUUGGUGCAUGCUGCAUAAUUUUGGUGGCACCCUGGGUCUCUAUGGUGCUAUUGAAAAUGUUAACCGUGGUGUUUUUCAAGGGAGAAGUAUGGCUAACAGUACGAUGGUUGGAACAGGACUUACCCCUGAAGGCAUAAAUCAGAAUUAUGUUAUGUAUGACUUCAUGAAUGAAAUGUCUUGGAGAGAAGAACCAGCUGAUUUGAAAGAAUGGUUUUCUCAGUAUGCAACUAGACGCUAUGGUGCAUACAAUGAAAAUGCUGAUGAAGCUUGGCAGCUGCUAAAGGGAUCGGUGUAUAACUGCACAACAGGUUACUCUAUGCGUGGACAAAGCAUCAUCUCCGUCUCACCAUCAUUUUUCUUGAGUGAGCCUGUAUGGUACAAUAUUUCCGAGGUUGUUCUUGCAUGGGAUAAACUACUCUUAGCAUCAGAGGAAUUUAAUAACUCUUCAUGUUACAAGCAUGAUGUUGUUGAUGUCACUAGACAGUACCUACAAGUGCUGGGAAGUGGAUUAUACAGACGCUUCAGGAAUGGGUAUUUUACUGGUGAUGUACAAGCAUUUCAGAAAAAUGCUGAAGAUUUCCUCAGUUUGCUGGGUGAUUUGGACACACUGUUGGGUUCCAGUGAGGCAUUUCUUUUGGGAGCAUGGCUAAAGAGUGCCAAGGCUUUAGCCACAACACCGCUGGAGGAGUCUCUGUAUGAAUACAAUGCACGCAACCAGAUAACUCUUUGGGGACCUGAUGGAGAAAUAACUGAUUAUGCAACCAAGCAGUGGUCAGGGAUUGUGUCUCAUUACUACGCACCAAGAUGGCAGUUUUUUAUAGAAGCUAUCAAUGAUACCCUUUUAAACAAUGUAACAUUUAAUAUAACAACAUUUAGGGAAGAUCUUUUCAGCCAAGUUGAAGAGCCAUUUACAUUAGAUACUUCAGAAUUCCCCGACACACCACAAGGUGACAGCAUUGCCCUAGCAAGACAGAUUCAUGCACGCUGGCGGAACAGAGCACAAGUUCUAAGAAAGUUGCAGAACAGAAAAAAGUCGAACCAUGAUCUGGAAAAAGAAUCCAAGGAGCCCGAGAAGUAUCUGAAAUGGUAAAGUUGCCAGGUUCAGCAAUAUAUGGACAGGCUUCUGGAGAGAAUUAUUCCAGUCAUUGACUUCAAUGUUGCGAUUCCGUGAAACAGAUAAAUGGCAAAUCGAAGAAUAACGUGA